AAAGCCGUUUCUUCUACACGUCCUAUUUUUUCACUCAAUUGUAACGCGGAAGUCAGUGAAGCAUACUUAUGCGGAUGGGCGCUAUGAAAUAUACUGAACAUCAUCACCAUUUAGCCUGGGAGAAAGCGCCGGUGGGUGAUCUUUUCUUGCUCUGCACCGUGUGUGCAUUUUGAACGGGGGAAGUGAGCGUUUCAUCGCCGCGGAGAACUUCGGAAAAUGUAAAUGUCUGGCUACAUUGUAACUGCUGCGCCUUAUAUAAACAAUUAUCACAGAGACGACGCAUGUCUUGAUGGAAUAGCUGAGACUACGGAUUGUGUGAAUAUCUGCAUUUCACGAUCACUGUAGCCUACAUAAAUACAUAACUGACAGUAUUUCUACAGCAUAAAAAUAAGAGCAGUGUAGCCUGGGAGUAGCGAUUCAGCCCGUCAUGCCAGCGAGACAGGAAGUGUGUGUGUGAGCCCGACCAGUCCGGUGGGCUGCGCGGGGAUGAACAUGCCACUGCACCAGAUCUCUGUCAUCCCCCGUGAUGUCACUUCCUCCCGGGUCAGCGGCAGUGGAAAGUCCAAGGACAAGGACAAACAGAAUGAGAAGCACCUGGGUCAUUCUGCCAGCAGGUCCAGCAAUAUUUCCAAGGCGGGGAGUCCUACCUCCGUCAACGCCCCCUGCAGCUUUUCACGGUCAUCGGUCACCCCCUCCAACCAGGACAUCUGCAGGAUCUGUCACUGCGAAGGAGACGAUGACAGCCCACUGAUAACACCGUGCAACUGUACGGGCAGCCUACGCUUUGUCCACCAGGCGUGCCUGCAGCAGUGGAUCAAGUCCUCGGACACACGCUGCUGUGAACUCUGCAAGUACCAGUUCAUCAUGGAGACCAAGCUCAAACCCCUUCGCAAGUGGGAGAAGCUCCAGAUGACGUCUAGUGAGAGGAGGAAGAUCAUGUGUUCUGUGACGUUCCAUGUCAUCGCCAUAACUUGCGUGGUGUGGUCCCUCUACGUGCUCAUUGACCGCACUGCAGACGAGAUCAGAGCAGCCGGAAGAAUCCCAGGUAUCCUGGAGUGGCCAUUCUGGACCAAGCUGGUGGUGGUAGCCAUCGGCUUCACGGGUGGCCUGGUCUUCAUGUAUGUCCAGUGUAAAGUCUACAUCCAGCUGUGGAGGAGACUCAAGGCCUACAACCGGGUGAUCUACGUCCAGAACCGCCCAGAGAUGUGUAAAAAACAAGUGUUCGAGAAACUGCCCCUCAUGGAGCCCAGUUUGGAGCACAAGGAGGCUCUGGCCCUCACCCAGUCUGACACAAACUCCUCCCAGUACACAGAGACAGAGGACUACAGUAUGGAAGUGCUACAUGUCUGACCAACAUAUUACUGAAGCGCCCACACCAUUUUACAUAUACUAAUACACAGGCACACUCUGGCUGACCAACAUAUACACACACAAACACGAGCAAACCGAGUAAAAAACACACAGACAUGCAUAAGACUAUAGUAUGGGGGUUGUACUAAGGUGUGAGUGACCCACCUUCACCCUGCCCCCAUCUCCACACAGUCUGAAACAGUAUGGACCAGUCCCCUCCCCUCUCCCAGGACUAGACCUCCUUCACUGGGCCAAUUGACCCCUCACACACACACACACACACACACACACACACACACACACACACACACACACACACACACACACAC